AUGCCACCUAAAAGAAAACAUCAGAAACUGCCUUCGGAACAAACCAUACUAAAAUUCUUUGGAAAUGAACAUGAUUCAGGAGAUGGGGGUGAUAAAAGCCACGGAGUUGACAAUGAUGGAGUUGACAGCGAAUGUCAUCACGAAAAGCAGAAUGCUAGUUCCGGUUGCAUCAACACGGGUAAAACCCUGAAGUUUCAACAAUCGUGGCUGACAAAGUACGCACCGUGGUUAAGACAUGAUGCAGAAAAUCAACUGAUGUACUGCAGUGUGUGUCGUGAACUGCGACUUGAUAAUGCCAUGGCAGUUGGAACCAACAACUUCAAGACAACGACUAUCACUCGACACAUCACUUCUGCAGACCACCAACGAUCUGUCGCUGCACCUUUCGAACAGAAAAAUCUAAAAGCUGCCGUGUCUGGGGCGAAAUCAAAGGAAGAACGGGCAAUCGUCACAUGUCUUAAAGUUGUCUACUGGAUGGCAAAAGAGGGAGUUCCAUUGUCGAAGUACGAAAGUUUACUGAGUUUAUUAAGUGAUCUCAAUACACCAAAUGUUGAAUCUCUGAGCGUCAACAAUCAUGUCACCUACGCCAGUUACAAGUCUGCCUGUGGAUUUCUAGAUGCAAUCUCGACGACUAUUGACAGAUCUGUGACCGAAACACUACACAAAUCCCCGGUCCUGACAAUAUUGACCGAUGAAAGCAUGGACACUGCCGUCCACAAUAAGUUGUGUAUCACUGCCCGAGUGAUAGAUCCACACACCAUGAUGCCAGCCACAAUGUUUUUGACAGAUCUAAGGAUAACCUCAGCAACUGGCAAAGGAAUAUUUGAUGCCAUCCAGGGUCAUCUUGCGGAAAGGAAGAUUCCGAUCAUGAAAGUAUCAGGAUUAGGUACGGAUGGAGCAUCUGUGAUGACUGGAAGAAAGGAGGGGCUUACUGGCCAAUUUCUGAAAGUAAACCCGCACAUCAUAAACACGCACUGCUCUGUUCAUAAAGUAGCACUUUGUUCAGAACAGGCAGCCGAUCAAGUUCCAGGAAUGAAGUACUACCAGAUUAUUCUUGAAUCCAUAUUCUAUUACUUCAAGAAGUCAGCGUUAAGGGUGGACAACCUGUCAGCAGUGCAAAAGCUUCUCAAUGAACCAACACUGAAAUGUAGAGAAGUCCAUCAAGUCAGAUGGCUUAGCUUCUUUCAAGCCCUGGAAGCCAUAUACAGGACAUUAGAUUCUCUCCUCUCUUACUUUAGCACAGCAAGUGACGCAAAAGCACAGGGCCUUAAAAAGAAAAUUGGACAAGAUUUCUUCAUAAGCAUUACCUAUGCCCUCAUGGACAUACUUCAACCUAUCAUGAAGAUGACUUUAUUCUUCCAGCGGAAGGAUAUCGAUAUUGGCAGUGUUCAGGCAGUGAUUGAUUCCUGCAUUAGAGACGUUAGAGCACUCUUGGAGCCAGAGGUUGAUGGGGAAGGACUGCCAAAACCAACAUUCAUGCACCAGCUGAAGACCCAUCUAUGUGAUGGGUUUUUCAAAGGGAAUCAUGCAAUCAAGAAAUCCUCCUUCAGUUUCGAGAAGACCAGAGUGGACUUCAUUAAAGGUCUCAUCGACAACAUCAACAAGAGAUUCCCAGACAAGCAACUCAUGACAAGUAUGUGUGUCUUUGGCAUGAGACCUGUUACCUUCUUGUCUGAGGAGGAGCUCUCUGAGUGGGGCAAUGAGUCCCUUGAUGUUCUUCUUGAUCACUUUGCUGUUGACAAAAGUCACACUUUCAAGGAUGUGUCUGGACAGAAGACAUCAGUCAGCCCAGCGAUUAUCAACAGAGAGGAGAGUAAGAAGGAGUGGACGAAGCUCAAACAAGUUGUGAGAGUUCAAGGGUAUCCCAGACACUCCACCAGUGCUCUGUGGGGCUUGGUUCAGCAGUACCAUUCUGCUGACUUUCCCAAUAUGUUGAAGCUGGCAUCAUUGGUUUUAACACACCCUGUUCAUACAUCUGACUGUGAGAGAGCUUUCUCUGCACAAAAUCUAGUAACAACACCCCUCAGAAAUAGGCUAUCAGCAGAACACUGUGACAGAUUAAUGCGUGUCAUGAUUCAGGGGCCACAGUUGACAAAAUUUAAUUUCAAUUCUGCUUUGAUUGAGUGGAGAGGGCAAAAAGAACGAGCAAUCUUCCGGCAGAAAACGUGCACAGACAGUUGCUGA